UGCAGCUUUCUUUGUCCUCCCCAGUUGUGCUCCCAGCCCGCUGACCCCGAGCGCUCUGAGAAAGUGGGAGUGGGGAGCCCGAAAGCUAUAAAAUAAAUGGGUGCAAGGAAAAAGGAAGACCAUCCCGAGCUGGCGUGUGCGGAUCUCCCCACCCACCCUAUCCUCCUUAGGCUUCUUCCCUCCGGUGUGUCCCUAGGGUCCCGGCAGGGGAGGGUUUAUGCAAAGGCGCGGUGGCGGCAGAGGCGGCCUGGGGAGCGCCGUAGGAUCCCAAGCCCGAGGGCACAGGCCCAAGGAGAAGGUUUGCCGGCUCUCCUCCAUCUCUCCUCCCCUCCCUGGCUUUUGUGUCGCUGCCUCUGAGCUGCUAGGAGGGUGCGCUGGAGGAGGGGGGCUGGGGUGAGAAGCACCCCCUUCACGCGCGCGCGCGCGCACACACGUUGCCGGCGCACGCAUACACGCGCGGGUACACACUCACAGACACGUACGCACACACAUACACACGCACAAAGCUCGCUCGCCUCGAGCGCACUAACGUGGCCGUUUUCUUUGUGCGGAGCCCUCGAGGGGGGUUGGGGCCCCGGUCUGGUCCGGGGGAGAUGGCGCAGCCCAUCCUGGGCCAUGGGAAUCUGCAGCCCGCCUCGGCCGCUGGCCUGGCCUCCCUGGAGCUGGACUCGUCGCUGGACCAGUACGUGCAGAUUCGCAUCUUCAAAAUCAUCGUGAUCGGGGACUCCAACGUGGGCAAAACCUGCCUGACCUUCCGCUUCUGCGGGGGUACCUUCCCGGACAAGACUGAAGCCACCAUCGGCGUUGACUUCAGGGAGAAGACGGUGGAAAUCGAGGGCGAGAAGAUCAAG